GUGCGCAGAUUUGCAGAAGCAUUCUUUUGUCUUGAGCAUCCUAGGCAAGCUGCCCUUGCCUAUCAAGAACUACAUGCUCAAAGUCAUCUACAGAUGUGUGCAGCUAUCAAAAACACUUCCUUCUGCAGUUCUUUUCCACCCCUCCCUAUUGAAUGCAGUGAGCUAGAUGGAGAUAUGAACUCCUUGCCUAUAAUCUUUGAAGAUCGAUACUUAGAUUCAAUUACUGAAGAUCUGGAUGUACCCUGGUUGGUAGUUCAGAGUCUUCCAAGGUCAGAGUCCAAUAAACUGGAUAAAUUUGAAGCUGAAGAAGGUUUUGUAGCUGGUUUUACUAGCCCGGAACUGAAAAUAAGACCUGCAGGUGCCUCCAACCUUUGGCAUUCAGAAAGUGAAAAGACGCUAACAAAAACUUUGAAAGGGAAGAAUGAAGAUGCAAAUAAAUCCAAAGUUAAGGUUACUAAGCUCAUGAAAACAAUGAAACCUGAAAACACAAAGAAAGUUGUGAAACAGAACUCUAAGGACUCUGUGGUCUUAGUAGGCUACAAAUGUUUGAAAAGUGCAGCACUGGAAGAUGCCUCUAGAAGCUCAGAAGGCAGGCCUUCAUACAAUGCUAACGAAGGGCUGGACCCUGCAUUAGGUGGAUUGCCUUGUGAUACAAAGACCUGCACCAGGCAAGUAAGUCAAAGAGAACUUCUUUUUUUGCCGUCUGGAACUGAGGAAAAGACUGCCAGGAUUGAAGGUAUCCAACCAGGUCCAGGUAGCCCUGUGCACUGUGAAAAUGUGGCUAUUUUUGGUAGACUUACUAUCUCACAGGCAGAUUCUGGAACUAUACGAACAGAUAGUGGUCUACAACCCAGAGGUACACUUGAAGGUUGUCAUGGAGGUCAACCAGCUUCCUCAGGAGUCAGGACAAUUGAGGUCAAACCAAGUAAUAAGAAUCCCUAUGAAGGGGAGAAGGUAACUGUUCACAUUGGAUCAUGGGCUGAGUUUCCACAAGAUGGCAUGCAAGGAGAGAAUUUGCAGACACCCAACAUUCAGUCUUCGGAAUCUGGAAAUAAAUUGAAUUCAGGAGAACAGGAACCAGCGCUUGAAAAGGAAGAUGUCCACGAAAGAAACUUCCAACAUACCAGUGACGUCUUGACAAAAAUUAAAAGUAACCAGCCUACUCUUUCUACAAAAGAAAGUCAACUUUCUGCAAGUGGAGACAUGACUAAAUUACCAGAUGUUAGUGUGACGUAUGCCUCUUCUAGGUUUUCAGAUUCAGGUGUAGAAAGUGAACCAAGUUCUUUUGCAACUCACCCCAACCCUGAUCAGGUUUUUGAAAAUGUUCAAGGGCAAGGUGCAUACAAUGGUGAGAGAGUAUUUCCUCAGCUGUUACUAAAACCAGACUCUGCUUUAAAAAACGCAAUAGAAAGCCAUUGCACUGAGAGUACCAGUGCUGUAAGUGAAAUACAGUCAUCCCUGACAUCCAUAAAUUCUCUGCCUUCAGAUGAUGAUGAGCUGUCACCUGAUGAGAAUUCAAAGAUAUCGAUUGUACCUGAAUUUAAGCUAAGUGACAGUAAAACAGUAUUGGAUCUUGGAGCAAUUGACUUGCCAAAAUGCGAUGACGGCAAAAAAGCAAACACCAAUUUGCAGCAACAGUGUGUUGUAUUUUCAGGGCACUUGGAUAACAAACCCCUGUCUAUACAUUCCUUGCUCUCAGGAACAAAAGAUCUUUUACACUUAGUUGUUUCAGAUGAGGAUACGUCUACUGAUGUGAAAAGUUACAGCCCACAGGCAGAUCUUGGCACAACCUGCAAGGACUCUCAGGACAUUGAAAAGCAUCUUAACACUACAGAAGAAACGGUUAAAUUGCAUUUGGCAAUUACUUGCAUGGGUGAGCCAUCUGUUGUUUCAGGUCCUUCAUCUGUAAAUGCAGUGUAUGAGGUUGAAAAAAAAAACGAAGGAAAACAUAACGAGCCUUUAGAACUAAAGGAGACAACUGACGAACUGUCAGUAGCUAAAAGUGAAACUGGUACAGAUAAUCCUUCUCCAACUAGUAGUACUGACAUGGUAAAGCAAGGGCUUGUUGAAAACUAUUUUGGCUCUCGAAGCAGUACAGAUAUUUCAGAUAUUUGGCCUAUGGACAACAGCAAUCCUGUUAGCCCUCAAAAGGAAACAUAUGAAAAACAAGUAAUUUGCUCUUCCCAGCAAGAUGAGGAAGAAGAGGAGGAUCAAGAAAUGAUUGAAAAUGGGUAUUACGAAGAAGCAGACUAUAGUAUAUUAGAUGGAGCUUCCAGUGCAUACCAGGAUCAUGGCUCAGCAGAAGAGAGAGCCCUGAGAUCUGAAAGGAUUGAUAGUGGGCAUCUGCGAGAUGGAAUGACUGUGCCUCCUGUCUGCACUCCUGGUUGUCUGGCUUUUCCUUCUUCUCUGAGAGACUCUCCUUGCAAUGUUAUCUGUUCUUCAAGGAAUAAAUCUGAUGCAAUUACACAACAGCCAGGCGGUACAUCCUACAGCUCAGCUGCAUCUGUUUCCUGGUGUGAAAGCUCCCCAAAACCUCAAAUGUUAGCUUUUCUGCAGGCUAAAGAAGAAUUGAAGCAACUCAAACUUCCUGGAUUUAUGUAUAGUGACGUUUUCAAACUGGCUUCUUCAGUACCUUAUUUCAGUAUGGAAGAGGAUGACUGUUCAGAAGAAGGAAUACAUCUCAUAGUCUGCGUCCAUGGCCUAGAUGGUAACAGCGCAGAUCUAAGAUUAGUGAAGACUUACAUUGAGCUAGGGCUGCCUGGAGGGAGAAUAGACUUUCUUAUGUCUGAAAGGAAUCAGAAUGAUACCUUUGCUGAUUUUGAUUCCAUGACAGAUCGCCUUUUAGAUGAAAUUAUACAGUAUAUACAAAUUUAUAAUCUAACCCUUUCAAAAAUCAGCUUUAUUGGACACUCACUGGGUAAUUUAAUAAUCCGUUCAGUGCUCACGAGACCUCGAUUUAAAUAUUACCUCAACAAACUUCAUACCUUCCUGUCUCUGUCAGGACCACAUCUUGGUACCCUCUACAACAGCAGUGCUCUUGUUAAUACAGGACUGUGGUUUAUGCAGAAGUGGAAGAAGUCUGGUUCUUUAUUGCAAUUGACGUGUCGAGACCAUUCAGAUCCACGACAAACCUUCUUAUACAAACUUAGUAAAAAAGCAGGUCUUCAUUACUUCAAAAACAUCGUGUUAGUAGGCUCUCUGCAGGAUCGUUAUGUUCCUUAUCACUCCGCUCGCAUUGAGAUGUGUAAAACAGCUUUAAAGGAUAAACAAUCAGGACCAAUUUAUGCUGAAAUGAUCCAGAACCUGCUUCUGCCAGUUCUUCAAAAUAAGGAAUGUAAUUUGGUUCGUUACAAUGUAAUUAAUGCAUUACCCAAUACAGCAGAUUCUCUCAUAGGGAGAGCUGCACACAUUGCUGUUCUUGAUUCAGAAAUAUUUUUAGAAAAAUUCUUUCUUGUUGCUGCCCUAAAAUAUUUUCAGUAGAGAAAAGCAUUGUAAGAGACUUGGUUAUUACCUCAUUAACAAAUGAAUCAAAUAAUGUGUGGUAUUAAAGUAUAGCUGCAGCUGUAUUUUAAGAGAUAUUUAUACUUUUUAUAUGGAAGAUAAUUUAUAUCAUCCACACUUAGGGCUUUUUAACAUCAACUUUACUUUCUAGGUAAUGUGGCUGUGCAAUAUUUUUUUUAUUUUGUUCUUUUUACUUUUCUAUUACUUUUUCUUAAUUUUGGGUACCUAAUUAUUUGGAGAUUAAAGCACAGUGCGUACUUUUGGUUGGUUUAUUAUUGGCUCUUCAACUACAGAAGUCAAUGUUACUUGGCUACAUUUUACAAGAGGCUUUAGAUGCCAAAAUAAAUUGUAUUUUAAAAUUCUAA